CUCAGACCAUCGCUGUGAACCUGAGGAAGAACCUCUUCUUACAGGAGAGCGUCACACGUCUGCUUCCCUUUCUGGACAGGAUUGUAUUUAAAAGGCCCAGUCCCGGCUUUGUGUUGACUGCCAUCAGAGAGAUCUAUAAAGCUCGUGCCAGUCCCAUUAUACCCAGUUUACUGAGGUCACUGGAUCAUGUGAUCAACCUGACCUGCAGAGAGAUGGACUCUGUGGACUGUGCUGCUCUGCUCUUCACCCUCAAACACAGUGACAGAGUUAAACUGAACCUCCAGUGGACCUCCAUACCAACAGGAGACACAGAGUCCAUCCUCUUUACGCUGGACAAAGUUUCUCAGCUCAGUGUGGACAGGAACCUGCUGCUGAGGCUGGUGCACUGCUGUGCUGCCUCUGACGCCCAGCAGGGGGCAGCAGUCGGCCUGCUCAGGACUGUGCAGGACAGGCUGGAUCUGUCCUGCUCCUCCUGUGUGGAGCUGCCAGAGGAGGAUCAGAGGGAGACUCUCAGUCUGACCGGUGAGGACUGCGGGGCCGUCUCCGCCAUCCUGAGACGCAGCGUCCGGGACACACAGCUCAACCUGCAGGACUGCGAGGUGGAGGACAGCGGACUGGACCUGCUGUUUCCUGUCCUCCGCAGAGUCCGCCUCAGAGCCAGUAAAGCCGUCCUCCUCCAGCUGGUGUCCCUGGUUCCUGUGAACAGUGAGGGGGACACAGUGAGACGGGCGGUGUCCCUGUGUAGAGCCCUGGACGGAGAGCUGGACCUCAGUCACACCUCACUGGAUCAGAGGGCCUGUGGAGCUUUGGCCCUGAUGCUGGACUCCUCUGAAGGGCUGACAGAGCUGGACCUCAGUCACUGUGAGCUCACCGACCAGCUGCUGCUCACACUCAUCACACAUCUGCACAAAGUCCAGGUCCUGGAUCUGAGUCACAAUAAGAUCUCUGAUGCUUCAGCUGGAAAGUUACUCCACCUGGUCUCCAUCAACCCCUCCAUCGGCACUGUGCGACUCUUCAGCAACAACAUUGUGGACCGAACACCCUUUAAGAAAGACAAGCGGUUUGAACUCUGGUGACCCGCUCGUCAGCGUGGAGGCCCCAGGUGGGUGCUGCACAUUGGUGGAGGCUGAGAGGAGUAUCUGAGAUAAAUGGCUGUAUAAAUGUAAUCCAUGAAGAAGACUUUCAGGUGUUGUUUAUCGUAACCAGCUACCUGAUAACAUCGCUCACAUGUUCAUCAGUUUACAGUUUUAACAUGAUAGUUGGAUUAUUUGUUAAAUAUGUACCGUUCAUCAGCUGGUGGUUCUUCGUCCCAUAACCCCCUGCUUCUGUCUCUGGACUGAAAAAGUUCAUGGUGCCUCAUGAGGACUGAACUGAAGUCCUCUAUGAUCCUGAGCUGAGGGCCUGGAGGUCCUUGAACUGUCUCAGUCUUUCCUUUGGCUCCAGGGACGGUGAUGUCGGCUCCGGUCCCUCCACCACUUUGGUCCAGGUCAUGAAAUGUGGUUCAGACCUUCAUGGUUCCCAGAAGAUGAAUCCUACUGACUGUGGUGAUCUUUAUGUUUCUCAUCUCUAAAAGCUGCUCGGUCUUUCGUCUGGACUUUAAAUCUUUAAACUGUUCUCAGAAAUUUCUAAUCAGGGACCCUGUUUUGUUUUUUUUCCAAGAGACAAUUAAUCCAUUACCAGAUUAGAAAACACUGUAUGAAGUUAUUUCUGCCUGUAAGUGAUCUUUU